AUGGCAGCCGAAGCACCACUGAGCAACAGCCAGAUGAGCUACAAAGUAGCUGGCACCUUGAUCAGCUCCUAUAAAAUCCAAAGCGGUGACACUGUCAGUGCCAUCGCCUCUCGUCAGGGGUUAGACCUCCACGCCGUGCUAGCCGCCAACCCAGGCGUCGACGCUGACCACCUCGAGGUCGGAAAUAUCAUCAACUUGCCCAUCAAGACGCUGGGACUGGUAUUCAACCUGAACGAUGUCGCGCAUGCCCUCGGUGUGUCCGUUCAAGAUCUUCGGUCCGGCAACCCUGGUAUUUCCACCGAGAUUUCCAUCAACGAAGUCAUCAAAAGCCCCGGCUCUUCCCCUGGAGGCAGGGAGCUGAUCGCCCAGCAAGUCGCUGCAGCACUUCCAGGAGGCAGCGGUGGUGGGAAUGGAGGCGGUGGCUACGUCAACUACAGCGGGCCUGCCUCGAACUUCCCGCCGCCUUCGCAGUGGGCGUCGUACUCUGCGCUCUGGAACAGCAACUCCAAGUUGAUGAAGUUCAACGACUCGGACGCCGAAAUCGCCGACAUCAAAACCGCCAUCGAAGCGGUCGCCCGCGAGUCCCAGGUCGACGUCCGCGUCAUUCUCUGCACCAUCAUGCAGGAAUCUGGAGGCAACGUGCGUGUGCGCACCACCGUGUCGCCAGACGGCACUGUUCGAAACCCGGGGAUUAUGCAAUCUCACAAUGGGGCGGAAUUCAAUCCCCAACAAGCGGCCCAGAGUAUAUUGCAGAUGGUCAAGGACGGGGUCGAGGGGACCAAGUCUGGAGACGGAUUGAAGCAAUGUUUCCAGCACCAGGGGAACUGGUACGCCGCGUUGAGGGAGUAUAACUCGGGAAGGGUGGACGUCAAUGACCUCAACGACGGGAUGGGAGCGACACCCACCUAUGUCAGGGACGUGGCGAAUCGGUUGAUGGGGCACGUUUGGGAUAGGAUGUAG